UCCGCGUUGGCAAGUCGAUAUAAAUUUACUCUCGUUGUACCACAACAGCUGUUUGGUGUAUUUCUGUCGAUAUUACAAGUGAGUCUAUUUAAAUUACCCCCUAUCUUAUUCACACCGUUCACGUGCCCAACUAACCUUUCCAUAGACAUAGUUAAACGAAACCAAAUCAUCGUGAAGUCGAAGAAAUUGCUCCUGAAAAGUUGUCUGUCGGCGGUACGUCGGGUGAUAACCGAAGUCGAUCCCAAUUGCCUGUGCUUUAGUUCAGUGCAUCGACGGAGUGAGUUAGUGCCUAAUAAAAGUGCGUACUUAAAAGGAAAUGAACAACGAAGAGAAGUACACUGAUGGGAAUAUAGAAAAUGAAGCUGAAGUUGAAACAAAUGAAAUUCUCAACCAUGGAGGAAAUGAUGAGACACUAGAAUCAGACAUUGCAUCAUCAGAUGUUGUGAGUAAGGAGGAAACUGCUGAACAGUUAAACGAUUUACAAAAUAAUGAUGAGAUGGAUAAUAAUUAUGAAGAUAAUGAAUCUGAUCUAGAUGAAGAAGAUGAUGAUGAUGAUGAUGGCAGUAACGAUGGUAAUGCAAGUGAUGAGGAUGAAGAUUACAGUACUGGGGAGGAAAGUGAUGCCGAAUUGGGUGGCGAUCCAGGAGCCUGGCAUAUGGGUCUCAGACAAAGGCGGCCUUCAAAUCCUGACCUACCAGAAACUGUGACGACUCUUACUACAGAGCAUGGUUGUAAAGUGUUCAUAGUAGGUACAGCCCACUUCAGUGAAAGCAGUCAACAAGAUGUGGAAAAGGUGAGUAAUUUUAUUGCUUUAGCUUCUAAACACUAA